CAGAGGACGUGGAGUCUCACUGAUAAAUAAUGAAUUUGGAAUCAUAUCACGUGGUAUAAUAACGCCUGAAUAAUUUAAUAUGUUGAAUAUCGCAAUAUACCCCCGCUAAAGGUAACGCUUAGGUUGCUGCAUGCUUGUAGCCUACUGUCAGUGGCAACAUCAAAAUGGAGCUUUCCAGUGCGCCGUAAAAUGCUAAUCCGGUGGGUUAGAAUCGUUCUUCUCUAAAGUAGAGCCAUUAAUGGAUAAAUAUGGCGUAUUGUGGAGUGGUGUGUUUGUGGAUACGCUAACGGAAAUGCAUCCUCAAUGACUACCACUUGCUCUUAUUGUAUGGUUUCGGAUGCACCGCCCCAUUGGGCUGAUCUAAACAGCAGAUCACAUCAGGCGAGCUGAGGCUGAACCGACAGCAUCAUUCAAGUGGAGGCUUCCAUCCCAUAACCUGACGUCAGCACGAUGUGGAAGCACACCAGUAUGGACCUCAUCUGAAGGAAACUGAAGAAAAAAAACCCAAGUGGAACAGCACCUCACACGCCAGACUUCGGCCAACGAGCCCUCUUUUUGAGACUCUGUUCAUUUCCCUCCCAAAGCGCUCCAGAAGCCGUACCCAAGCCCGGCCACAGUUCCUGUGGGAGUCCGUGCUGUGCGCAGUGGACCCGAGAUGAGUGGGCUCAUGGGUAAACUGCGGAGGGUGCAGUGGGGCGCCACAUGGAAUGCCUUCCAGACGCGCGUGCUGCGCACCAAACCCGUGGAGUCCAUGCUGGAGAGUACGGGUGGCACGGGCGCCCAUGGCACCAAGCUGGCCCGCGUCCUGACCACCGUGGACCUGGUGUCGCUCGGUGUGGGCAGCUGCGUGGGCACGGGCAUGUACGUGGUGUCCGGGCUGGUCGCCAAGGAGAUGGCAGGGCCGGGAGUCAUCAUGUCCUUCAUCAUCGCAGCGGUGGCCUCGUUCCUCUCAGGGGUGUGUUAUGCCGAGUUUGGAGUCCGUGUGCCGAAGACCACGGGCUCGGCGUACACCUACAGCUAUGUGACAGUGGGGGAGUUUGUGGCCUUCUUCAUUGGCUGGAAUCUGAUUCUGGAGUACCUGAUUGGCACAGCGGCCGGGGCCAGCGCCCUCAGCAGCAUGUUUGAUUCGCUGGCCAAUCACUCAAUCAGCGGCUUCAUGAUCAGCCACAUAGGCACGCUCAAUGGCCUCGGGAAGGGUGAGGAGUCCUACCCCGACCUGCUGGCUCUGGUGAUUGCCAUCCUGGUAACGGUGGUGGUUGCCCUCGGAGUGAAGAACUCGGUUGGCUUCAACAACGUGCUGAACGUCAUCAACCUGGUGGUGUGGGUCUUCAUGAUGAUCGCCGGACUCUUCUUCGUCAACGGGGCCAACUGGGAUGAAGGGCGCUUCCUGCCGUUCGGCUGGUCAGGGGUCAUGCAAGGUGCGGCCACCUGCUUCUACGCCUUCAUCGGGUUCGACAUCAUCGCCACCACAGGAGAGGAAGCCAAAAGCCCCAACACGUCCAUCCCGUACGCCAUCACAGCCUCACUGGUCACCUGCCUGACCGCAUACGUGUCUGUGAGUGUGAUCUUGACCCUGAUGGUGCCCUACACAGAGAUCGACGCAGACGCACCACUCAUGGAGAUGUUCGCUCUGCACGGCUUCCAGGCGGCCAAGUACAUCGUGGCCAUCGGUUCCAUCGCUGGUCUGACAGUCAGCCUGUUUGGGUCACUCUUCCCCAUGCCCCGCGUCAUCUACGCCAUGGCCGGAGACGGACUGCUCUUCAAGUUCCUGGCUGUAGUCAACACGUACACAGAGACGCCGGUGUUGGCGUGCGUGGUGUCGGGCUUCCUGGCUGGACUGCUCUCGCUGCUGGUCAGCCUGCGCGACUUGAUCGAGAUGAUGUCCAUCGGCACACUGCUGGCCUACACGCUGGUGUCCGUCUGCGUCCUGCUACUGCGCUACCAGCCCGAGAGCGACAUCCACGGCUUCGUCAACUUCCUGUCUGAGGAGAGCACCAAGCGCAAGGAGGGCGUGCUGGCCGAGUGCGAGCGGGACGCCUCCUCGCCGGUCAGCGAGGGUGAUGAGUUCUCCGGCCCGGCCACCAAUACCUGUGGUGCCAAGAACCUGCCCUCGCUCGGCGACAACGAGAUGCUCAUCGGCAAGCCGGACAAGUCGGCCUACACAGCCGCGCAUCCCAACUACGGCACGGUGGACAUGUCGUCGGUCAUCGAGCCCGACGAGUCGGACAGCGCGCACGUGCUCAAGCUCAAGAAACUUCUGGGCCCACGCUACUACACUCUCCGCAUCCGCCUGGGCCUGCCCGGCAAGAUGGACCGUCCGACGGUGGCCACGGGCCGCACGGUCACGCGCUGCGUCCUGCUCCUCUUCUUCCUGAUGUUCGGCUUCUGCUCGCUGGUGACGUUCGGCGCGGACUGCAUCGCAGAGGGCAGCUGGUGGGCAGUGCUGCUGCUGGUGGUCCUGCUGGUGGUCAUGAUGCUGCUGGUCUUCAUCAUCCUGCAGCAGCCCGAGAACCCCAAGCGUCUGCCCUACAUGGCCCCCUGCGUGCCCUUCGUCCCCGCCGCGGCCAUGCUGGUCAACAUUUACCUCAUGCUCAAGCUCUCCGACAUCACCUGGAUACGCUUCGCCGUCUGGUGUUUUGUGGGUGUGCUGAUCUACUUUGGCUACGGCAUGUGGAACAGCACCCUGGAGAUCACGGCACGCGAGGAGGAGGCGCACGCCAGCACCUACCAGCGCUACGACGUGGGCGUCGAUGAAGGCUUCGCCGACAACUUCUACCCCCCAGAGGACAGCUGGGGCGAGCCCCAGGACACCUCCGGCACCAAGCAGCACCAGGGCCAGGGCCCGAGUCCGCCCGAGCCCCCGGCCAAGCCCUCGGUCAACUCCCUGGACCGCCGCAGGACCUCCCCCUCCCCCCACAGCAGCAAAGCCAAAAGCAAAAGCCCCCCCGGCCUGGCGUUUGAGGGCCUGGCAGUGGACGAUGACUUAGAUGACCCACUGGACUGAGAUGGACCCCCGGGUGACUACUGUCCUGUUUGUGUGUGUGCUGAUGCUGAGGAUGUGGUGGAUGGUGAUGAUGUUGAUGAUGAUGGCUAGAACCCUUGGGCUAGAUGGUUUCCUUUGAGUCAGGAGAGCUCCAUUUUGUGGUCAUGCCAUCCUCUUAUCUGUCGUUGCUGGGAAGUAGGCAGAGUAGAGUGGACUCAGUGGUACAUAUCAGCUGGUUUAACCUUACCAUUGCAGCAACCUUCCCACUUCAAAACAAAUGCUCCACCAUUUUUUUUUUCCUCAAGGCCGUAGUUUUAAAUUUUGCGUCAACACUUUAGCCCACGCAUGCUCAUUGUUUCAGAUGCUCUGGCCAUCCCAAGCAAGCCUUGCAUUCAUUAUGUGUGAAAGAGCUACAUCACUUGGUUCAAGUCACAACCCAAAAAAUAGAACAAUUUGCCAUUAAACACAUGUUCAUGACACAGCUGCUUUUGACUGACAGGAAGUGGGCGGUUUUUGAAGCCUGAACCAUUUUCUUGUAUCUAGGUCAGGGGAUCCUCUGACUGCAGAGGCAAUCUUUUAAUCUGCCAAGGACAGGAAGGAAGCUUUUUUUUUAUUAACCAGUCAUAGAAAGAAAAGCUGAGAUUCCACAAAUUGUAUUACCUGACCCCUCAUUACGUAUACCUCUUGGUUCUGAAUUCGUAACUUAUAAGACGCUGUAAUUAUUUUUGUAAUAAAUAUACCUUAUUUUUGUUGGCCAAAAAAAUCAUAACAUGGGAUAUAAACAGGAACAUAGAUAAGCUGAGUUUAAGUUGGGUAUCAGACAGCGAUAUGAUGGCGGGGUCCACUAUGGACUGUUCGGGGGUGAGAGUGGAUGGCACGUUUUACUUCACUGCUUCUCCUGCUAGCCUCUAGCCCAAGAGGUGUGGUUGGUGGAGAUUUAUCACCAAUGAGUUGCCACAAAUAUUGAUUGGACUUGCAGUCGCUUGCAAUAGUGCCUUCAUCUGUCAGUGUGUGCUUUAACUAUGGUUGCCAUGAUGUCCAUGCGUUUCGGUGUCUGUGUCUGGGGCUUGUUGAUAUGAAGAAUCUUGUCAGGGCAGGGGGAUGCAUGUAAAAGUGAUUUUAUGCAUUUAUUUGUUUAUUUGUAUGUAUGUUUGUUUAUCUAUGUAUAGGCCAGGCUGUUAUGUUGACAGACAGCCUUUGGGUCAUCACAUUGUCCACCCAUCUCAAUUCAGCAGCUUGCCAUCCAUGUCUGUGACUCCACCCCACACACACACACACACACAUCCUUGCAAGCAGGCCUCUCUGUGUGUCCAGCGCUCUGGUAUGGUUUGUGGGCUUCCCACCCCGAGAGUGAGGGCCAAAAGCAGACAGGGUGCAUGAGAGACAUGUUGAGAGCGCAUAGGAAGGGGAGGGGGAAGGAAUGCUUCUCUGCCGUGUGCUUCGUCUUUGACCCGGGAGUCACCAGGCUCCUUCCUUUCUGUCUUCCACUCUGUCUUUCUCUCUACCCCCCACCCCCACCUCUCUCUCUUUCUCUCUCUCUCUCUUUCUCUCAAUCUCUGUCCCCCCAUCUCUCCCUCUCUCUCUCGUCCACUCUUCCACAUCUCUCACUUUUUCUCUCUCUCUGUCUCUCUCUGGUGUCUGUCACUCGGAGGAGAGUCUCCCUAUAAAUAGGACCAAGCGUAGCUCCAAGCGUCCUUAAACACGUCUGAUGGCCACUUUCUGCAUGAGAGAAUCAGCCCUGCCAAAGAUGGCCUUAUUGUACAUUGACACAAUCUGCACUGCACUGCUCUGGCAUCUCCAAUACCGCUGUCCAUGACCGCCGUAACCCCUGACCCCGCUAGUGUGGUGUAAACAUGCUUGUGUCUGCCAGACCUCAGUGUAUGAGUCUAAAUCUGACACUCCCUCCAAGUUCUGAGUCAUGCCACAAGCAUUGUAUGAGAAUAGAAAAUGUCACCAUUAUGAAAAGAAUACAAAAGAUGGUGCGCGUGUUUUCUGAAGCAUUUUCUCGCUGUUUUUGCGCUCGCUCUCUACCGAAGAUUUCCAUUUGCUGGGACCUCGUGGGUACAGUACUGUUGCCUUGGUAUUUUUGGUGUGACUACCUUCCGAUGUGUCGUGUUGAAUGUGUAGCAUGUUCAGGUGCACAGGGCCAAGAGUAACCGUGUCGCUGAGUAUUGCAUGUGUGAUUACCACAAUGAGACAACAUACAACUCUUCUAAAUGUAGCAGCAUUGUAGAUUCUUUUUUUUUGUUGGAGGAGGGUGUCCAAACAGAGCAAGCCAAAGUCUGCACUGUGGUGUGUGUUAACUGCAAUCGAAAAAAAAAAAAAGUGGCCAUCAGAGUUGGCAUGUGAUAAGAUUAGCCUUUCAAAACAUCUGGGUAGGCAUGAGGUCUCUGACACUAGUGUUUUUUUAAGGCUGUUAUCUACAAUAGUUUUAAAAGUCCUGCAGUGUAGUGUUUCUGACUUACCAAGCAAGUUGUCUUUUUAAGUGUGGCACAUGCCUCAGACAAGCAUAAUCCCCAGAGAAGAGCCGUGAGAGCAUACAUUUCUUACAGUGUCUUUCUAGAGCGAAGAGACUCAGUUGAUAUUCCCUUUUCCUUUUAUUAGUCAAAGAGUGUUUGUUUAUGGUAGGUUCUAGAACAGUAGGACACAUAGGGAACAUUAGGGACAAACAGGAAUAGGUCACAUUAAAUAAAUGAUAUACUUAAAAGCAAAUACCUAUUUUAUUACAAUUCUAUUUUAAAACAAGAGAGGAACAACAAAUGUUGUCACAACUGCUUUUAAAGUCAGCUGCUAUUUGUUUCUUUUGUCUCUGAAAUGGUACUGUGUUGUACUGUGUAGACCUAUCUUGCCAUUGCCGUUUAUUUGAUCUUGUCCAGGAAAUGUUGAGAUUGGCUUCCCUUGCAAAGUUGAUGUUUGUUUUUGCUGUAUGUUUUGGUAUGAAGUUUAAAUGUGUUCCUGGUUUUAUGAUUUUUUUUCUAACUGUUUCUUCCAUUUGUGGUUUUUGCUACCCUUGGUGCACUGUGUAAUGAUUUGUUGAUACUGCUUCCAUUCAAGAAUGAAAGUUAUUUAUUGCA